AUGAACUCAUUUUGCGGCUUCUUCAGCGCCAUGUCGCAAACACACUUUGCCAUAGGUGUUGGAGCUGUGGCUGUUGUGUACACGUCAGUCUACGUGCUUGUGUCCUCACGCCGGAAGGUAGUUGACGAGAACGGCAAGCGGCACGGCAUUCCUCUGCAACAGCCUGGAUUCGCGGCCUGCUCGUUAUUGAAAAGGCUCAUUUUAUUCGGCGUUGCCGUUAAGAGGUUCGUCUACAAAAGGCCCAAUCGCGGCAUAUCGCGUGGCGUUGAAGCUCAGAGUGAAGCGUCUAAGAUAACUGAUUGCGUCGAUAGUAGGACCAAGACGAUCUACUUCAUACGACAUGGGCAGUCAAUAUGGAAUCUGACAUUUAACCACCCAUAUAACGUCAUCGGGCUUUUAUUUCGAACGCUCAGUCUGAUCGCCGCCGAAAUCGGUUUCGCUUUCACAAACGAUACCUUCUUCUUCGACUCACCUCUCUCCAUGAACGGCAUUAAGCAAUCGCUUGAGCUAUGCAAGGAGCUCUCCGAUCCCGAAAAUCAUAGAUGCGCUGAAAUACAGGCGCUCACGCGUUCCUCUGGGCAGCGCAGCGCGCUUUUUACGUCCAAUCUGCGCCGGGCUCAAUCGACCAUCCUGCUGGCGCUUCAGGACCGCCUAACUCACACUGGUGAACACGUAUACGUCUGCAACGAGCUAGAGGAGCUGGUCCCUCACCCGGAUUGCGUCUCGCUCUCCACCACCCUACAGUCCGCUGCCAUUCCGUUCCUCGAGGUCAUGAUGAUCCCAGACAAAGCGAAGACGUACUCAAGACACCUUCAGCACACAGAAGGCCCCGCAGUGUCCCACCUUCCGGCCUACGAUAAGAUGAUGAUGUUCAACGAACGUGUCUUCAAGCAACCCGAGGACUCUAUCGUCGUGUGCGGCCACAGCCGUUGGCUGCUUAACUACCUACAGAUUUUCUUGCCGCAGAGCGCAACUGACGUAGAAUACCGCAAUACGAAGAUCGGUAACACCGACACGCUGCGGUUCGAGCUGGUGCGCCGCGAGUUCAAGAGCGGUGAAAUCCAUUACGUUAUCGACCCCCACAGCGUCAAGCUAGUGUACAAAAGCGCAACUUAA